AUGGACAAAUGUUCGAAGAGGUCAAAAUCUUGGCAACAAGAUUCAUUUUACCAGAGAAGCCAAAAACAAGGCGAGACCAGCCAAGAACCCGCCAUGGGCCUGGAGAUGGAAUCCAUGGCCGCCGCGAUCGGUGUCUCGGUCGCGGUGCUCCGUUUCCUCCUCUGCUUCGUCGCCACCAUCCCCGUCAGCUUCCUCUGGCGACUCGUGCCGAGCCCACCCGCCAAGCACCUUUACGCCGCCGUUUCGGGCGCUCUCCUCUCCUAUCUCUCGUUCGGUUUCUCCUCCAACCUUCAUUUCUUAGUCCCAAUGUUACUCGGCUAUGCUUCCAUGGUCUUCGCUCGGAGCCAUUGUGGUAUAAUUACCUACAUCUUGGGCUUUGGAUACCUCAUCGGCUGCCAUGUAUUUUACAUGAGUGGGGACGCAUGGAAGGAAGGAGGAAUUGAUGCAACUGGAGCCUUAAUGGUGUUAACACUGAAGGUCAUCUCGUGUGCAAUAAAUUACAAUGAUGGGUUACUGAAAGAGGAAGGACUGCGUGAGUCUCAGAAGAAAAACCGUUUGAUUAAGUUACCCUCAUUGAUCGAGUACAUCGGUUACUGCCUCUGCUGUGGUAGCCACUUUGCUGGUCCAGUUUAUGAGAUAAAGGAUUAUCUUGACUGGACUGAAGGAAAGGGGAUUUGGAGCCACUCAGAGGAAGGACUGUCUCCAUCACCAUAUGGAGCAACUAUUCGAGCUCUGCUCCAAGCUGCAUUCUGUAUGGCAUUGUAUUUGUAUCUGGAAUGGGGUUUUUGGAAACGGUUGGGCUAUCAGUAUAUGUCAGGAUUUACAGCAAGGUGGAAAUAUUAUUUCAUCUGGUCAAUUUCAGAGGCUUCUAUCAUUCUUUCUGGUUUGGGUUUCACUGGCUGGACAGAAUCUUCACCGCCAAAGCCGCGAUGGGAUCGUGCGAAAAAUGUUGAUAUUCUUGGCGUUGAGUUUGCAAAGAGUUCAGUUCAGUUACCACUUGUUUGGAACAUACAAGUCAGCACCUGGCUACGUCAUUAUGUUUAUGAAAGGCUUGUUAAACCUGGCAAGAAGGCUGGUUUCUUCCAGUUGCUGACUACACAGACCGUCAGUGCUGUUUGGCAUGGACUCUAUCCUGGGUACAUCAUAUUCUUUGUUCAGUCAGCAUUGAUGAUUGCUGGUUCAAGAGUGAUUUACAGAUGGCAACAAGCUGUACCUCAAAACAUGGAUGCUGUUAAGAACAUACUGGUGUUCAUGAACUUUGCUUACACUCUUUUGGUUCUGAACUACUCCUGCGUUGGUUUCAUUGUAUUAAGCCUUCGUGAAACACUUGCCUCAUAUGGGAGCGUGCAUUUCAUCGGAACCAUUCUUCCGAUAGCAUUGAUACUACUGAGUUACGUAAUAAAACCUCCAAGGCCUGCAAGAUCAAAGGCUCGGAAGGAAGAGUGA